UGGCGCUGCCGUUUUCUCCCUCCCCCCCUCCCUCCUUUCAUUCCGACCAAGCUGACGGACUGGAUAGCCGGCGUCGAACCGACAUUCCUCUCAUCCCUCAUAACUCGCUCCGAGCAACCGAUUGGAGUUCGUCGUUAUUACUGAGAAGUAGCCGCAGGUAGCUGUUCGUUCCUGAAUCCUCAAUCAUGGCGGACAAGAAGAGGAAGAGUCGAGAUUCGCAGAAACCCUAUAAAAAGCAGAGCUUCAACUUCAAGGCCUCUGGGAAGGAGGGCAGGAAGAAGCGGACCGGCCCUCGGUUGCCCAACUCGAUGAAGAAGGUGCUGGAGAGGCUGAAUCCGGUGGACAGUGAAGGAGAAGAACACGAUGGGAGGAUUGAUUCCAAUGAGAACGACAAGCCCUUCGGAAACGAUAUUUACGAGUACGAAGGGGAGGUGGCACCGGAGGAUUCGCGCAAGAAUCGUAGGUUCGACCCCGUGGAGAAGCUCGAGUACGAGCUUCCUGAGGAUUUCCAGGAUGAGGAGAUUCUGUCAGAUUACGCGGACGGUGACGAUGAUGACGGGAUUGGCCUCACUUCACAUGAAGGCGAAGUAGAUAGUGAGGAGGAAGAUGAUGGAAGGCAUACCCGGAUGCUGCAAGGGAUCACUGGAAUGCCAAGUGAAGCAUUUGAGGCUUAUUCAAUUUGCAGGCAAGAAGAAAAGAAGUAGUGCUGUGGUAUCAGAGGCGUAUCCAGAGUCAGAAUAUAAUCCAAGUCAUGAUAUUUUGGAAGGGGAUGGCAAAAUUAACAUUCAAGAUCUUCUGGAUCCUCUUCAAGAUAAAGCUGGUUACAGCGAGCUUAGAAAGAGGAUGCAACAACUGGAGAAUAAAUCUGCGCCAAUUCAAGCUCCACUCCCUAAACCAGAUAGAGAGAAGGUGGAGAGGAAAGUAGCCUAUGAACAAUCUAAGAAAGAGAUACUAAAGUGGGAACCUUUAGUCAAAAGGAAUAGGGAAGCACCGGCCUUGUUUUUCGAUGAAGACAUAGACCUGAAAUAUUCGACUGUUGGGGCAAUAGCUUCUGAGUUUGAACCGAGAACUGAGUUUGAGAAGAAAAUUGCUUCUUUAGUCUAUGAUGAAAAGGUUAUGGAGGCCCACAAGAAGGAUGGAGCCAGGCUUCUAGAGUUAAACAAGGUAUCUGUUGAAGAGGAAAAGGAACGCAGGGAUCGCAUCGCUAAGAUGCGGAGCCUUCUUUUUCGUCAUGAAAUGAAACAAAAGCACAUAAAGAAGAUCAAGUCCAAAACAUAUCAUCGGUUGUUGAAGAAAGACAGGUUGAAAGCUUUCUCAGUGCAAAGGGAGAUGGAUCCUGAAGCUGCUAAAGAGCAAGCAAUAAAGCAAGAGUUUAAGCGAGCGGAGGAGCGUCUGACCUUGAAGCACAAGAAUAGCUCAAAGUGGGCAAAGCGCAUCUUAAAACGUGGUUUGGAUGCCCAAGAUGACGGAACACGUGCUGCCAUAGCUGAACAGCUUCAACAACAUGUCCUGUUGACAAGAAAAAUGAACUCGAUGAAAGAAAAUAGCAGCAGUGAUGAUAGCAGUGAUGAGGAUGAGGAAGAUUCUGCAGCCUCUGACCAAGAUUCUGCAGCCAAGCUGUUAGCCGAUGCUAGGGGUAAGACACUCAAAGCGUUAGAAGAAGAGAAUGAUGCUCCCACCUCUGGAGUGCUUUCUCUGCCUUUCAUGGUACGUGGUUUAAAGAAAAGAAAGGAUGCUGCUAUUGAAGAGGCUAAGCUUGCUCUUGAAGAGUAUGAAAUGACAUCAAAGCAGAAGGAGGAUUCACAUGAGGCUGAAAAGUCGAGACCUAGUACUUCAAGUGGUAGAAUGGUCUUUGGUGCAGUAAAGCCUCAGAUCCAGAAUAAGAAGAGCAAACCAGAAAGGACCCUUGACGAUAGUGAUAGUGAAGAUGAUGUUGAGGCCAAUGAAGACGGUGAUAUAGGGGGGCAGAAAGAAGAUUUGCAGAAUGACAUUGGAAAUGGUUCUUUUUCAUUCGAUGAAGAUUCUCAAAUCCAUCAAAAUUCGAUCUUUAAGAGCUUUGAUAAUAUUGUCAAGGAUCCUAGUGCCAAGACAACUUAUGAAGUAUCUAUAUUUGCAUCAGACUCGUGGAGAAAGAUGAAAGAUGGGAAGAAAGAGGGCACGGAAGUAGGCCAUAGCAGCAAAAAGAAGCAAGAAGUUGGUGAACCUGCUGGUGUCGAUAAGCACUUGAAAUCCGUGGAAUUGAAUGAGUUGGGUGAGGAAAGUGAUACAGAGAGCGAAGGGCAAAUGGUGGAUGGCGUGUUGUCUGCAGGGCCUGCACGAUCUUAUGAGCUUCCAUCUCAAGCAGAACUCGUACAGCAAGCUUUUGCUGGGGAUGAUGUAGAGGAGGAUUUCGAGAAGGACAAAAUGGAGAUUCUUAACAAAGAGAACCCUGAACCUGAGAAGCCCGUUCUGCUUCCGGGUUGGGGUCAGUGGACCAAUGUCCAGAAAAAGAGAGGGCUGCCUUCUUGGAUGUUGAAAGAACAUGAUGACGCCAAGAGGAAGAGGGAGGAAGCCCUUAAGAAGAGGAAGGAUGCACAUCUGAAGCAUGUUAUCAUAUCUGAAAAAGUGGAUAAAAAGGCUGAGAAGCUACAGACGAAAUCAUUGCCCUUCCCCUUUACCUCAAAGGAGGUCUUUGAACAGAGCAUCCGCAUGCCCAUCGGACCCGAAUUUAAUCCAGUUACUGCACUCGGUGCUCUUAAUCGACCAGAGGUUGUGAAGAAGUCGGGGAUAAUCAUUAAGCCAAUCCAGUUCAAGGAGGUGAAUCCCCACGAAAAAGGUGACAAUUAUCGGGGGAAUGAGCAGAAGGGAGGGAGUAAGAGGAAGAGAGGUGGUGACGGAGCCGGGAAAAAGAAGGCAAGUAAGACGAGAAGUUGAUUAUUAUCGACAAGAGUUGAUCAAAAGUUUUGCUUUGUUUUAUUGCUUCUUUCUGAUUAUGUUCCCGGUUUUGCUCUUUCGGGAAGAGAGUUGUAAGAUGAUGUCAAGCGAAUCAUCUUAUGUAUCUUCGGUUAGACGGGUUAAUACAUUGGUGAAGUACAACAUGAGAGUUCCAAUUGCGGAGCGUACAGCUUCUCGAAAAGUGAUUGAAAAGCAA